AUGGGGGGCCCCGGGGGCGCCCCCAUGGCCUCACCAGGGACUUCUUGUGCUCCAGUGGGGCCUCCAGCAGCGGCGCCGAGGGGGGGGCCCCCCGCUCGCCCCUGGGGGGGCCCCCCAGUACCCUCGAGGCCCCACUCAGGCCAGAGGGGGCCCCCCUCGGCGGCAGCAGCAGCUCCCCCAGCGGCUCCGGGCCCCCCUCUUCAGAAGAAAAAACCAGCAGCAGCAGCAGCAGCAGCAGCAGCAGCAGCAGCAGCAGCAGGUGGGGUGGGAGCGGGGGCCCCACGAGCGUCCCCUCGUGGCCUUGUGGGGCCUUUUCAUCUGACGGAGGCUCGGAGGGCGACACCGCAGCAAGAGCAGCAGCAACCGGAACAGCAGCAGCAGCAGCAGCAGCAGCAGAGGGGAGGGCCCUUUCAGAAGCCAGCACCCCAGCCAGCUGGGAAGCUUCGGGCAAAGCCAAAGAGGAGAAGCAAAGCCCAACCAGUGCCCCCAGAACCCCCCCCCAGCCGCCGCGGGGUCCCCGCCACGCGCGUCGAAUGGACUCCGCGACCAGCACGAACAGCAUCAGCAGCAACAGCAACAGCAGCAGCAGCAGCAGCAGCAGCAGUUUGUCUUCUGUGA